AUGCCGGAAACGACGAUGAUCACGGCCAAGGCGUCGAUAGAAGCCUUCAACCGCGGACCGAUCACAAAGUACUGGGAGCCGGCACCAUCAUGCUCGAACACAAUGUCAAAAGACGCCAAUAUGUACUAUGGCUGGGGCGCAUCAGGCGUUAUAGACACCGCGUGUUACCCCAUGGGAACCCUGAAGUACAACGACAUCAAGCCAGCGAGUGCAUGGGACCUGUACUACUACAGUCCAGCAAUCUGUCCAAAAGAAUGGACAGUGGCCACCACAUACUCGGACAACAUACCGAAGAAUGACGCGUUGACGUCGUUAUCCGUGGGAACCAGUACCACUGCCGUACUUUGCUGUCCCUCUGGCUUUUCAUAUUACACACAAGGACACGUCUGUACCUCGACCAUAAAGGAGGACCAAACUCUGAAAUACGUUGUUCCUGGCAAUGAUGAGUUCGGCACGCUCAGCAUCGGCCCUGUGAGCACCAGCAUAUACUCGGCCGGUGCAUCGCACGCAUUUGCAAACGGCAUAGUAGUAAUGUUCCAAAGCUCCGACACCGCGAUGCUCCGAUCCGUAACCGUAAACCCCACCGCCGGAGUGGCAUCGACCUCCGCUACAACCACAACCCCUUCAGCACAAAGCUCGACUGGGACCACCAACACGGCAGUCUCCACGGGCGCUGCGACAUCCACAGGCGACGCACAGCCAGUCUCAAGUUCAGGCCUCUCCACCGGUGCCAAAGUUGGCAUGGGCGUCGGCAUUCCCUGCGCCCUCCUCCUCGGCCUACUCUUUGGAUGGUUCCUGUUCCGAAAACGAAGGACAGGCAACCCAUAUCCCCCAGGGUACGACGAGACCGGCAUGGUGAAGUACGCGCAAGUCCACGAGGCGCAUACCGAGCCGCCGGAGAUUGGAGGCAAUCCGAGGUUGGAUACUCUUCCCACUGACGUAAAGGUUGCAGCUGCACAGGUCCAUCAGAGACAUGAGCUGCAGUGA